AUGGAUCCCUCAUCGGCUUCUUGGCCGGCUCCGGCUUCUCCGCCGGUGGAGCUGUCCCUGUCCCUGCCGGCGGCGGCGGCGAGGAACCGCGACGAGGCGGCGCCGACGGCGAUCGUCGACGGCAAGCAAGUGAGGCUGUUCCCGUGCCUCUUCUGCGCCAAGACGUUCCGCAAGUCGCAGGCGCUCGGCGGCCACCAGAACGCGCACCGGAAGGAGCGCGUCGCCGGCGGCAGCUGGAACCCCAACGUCUACGGCGACGGCGGCGGAUCAGCGUCCAUGCCCAUCGCCUCCCAUGGCGUCACGGCGGCGGGGAGUAGUACGGCAGCCGACGGCCGGUGGUGCGGCGGCGCUGCCAGCGACGACGACACAACGGCGGCGCCCAUGCCUUCCCUCGGCUCAGGCUCGGCGGCGCUCGGCGCCGGCGCCGGUUUCGCUUCGACCGAAAGGGGCUCUUCCGGCGGCGGCGUCGCCGGCGAGGAGCUUGUCCUCGAGCUCGGCCUCUAGAUCAUCUCUGUAGCUAGCGUCUACUACUACUUCGCCAUAUGCACGCAAUAAUCCAUCUCUAUCUCCACGAUCACCAUGAUCGGAUGAUCCGCACUAGUACGUCUUAUUACUCGAUCGAUCUCUCGU